AAGAAAGAAGAAAAGUUGGUGGAAAAGUGGAGAAUAAAUUUUCGCGUUUUUCCACACGCAUGACGAGCUAGAACCCCGUUUUGCAUCAUCACCGGUCGGCCUGCAAGCUGCCCUUUGCCGUAGUUGCAGGCAUUGCCUUUGCCAUCGCUCUAUUCGCUCGCGAAGUGUGUUCUAAAGGUCAGCGGCCCUCGCGAGGGGCCCGCCUGAAACGCGUCACUCUUUGCAAGCUCAUUAAUGGUUCGCGAGUAAUCGCAGUGCAGUGCGUGCAAAUUACACCGAUUAAAGCCCUGUAAAUGGAUCAAUCGGCAAGGUCCAAGAAUCCGCCGACGGAGGCGGGACAACUAACAACCAUGGCGCCACCGCAAGUGAGGACGGUCCCGCAGAAGAACAUCGUUCGCACGAUUCGCAUCGAUCCGGCCAAGAUGGGAGCGAGUUUGCAGAGUCAGCUGCUGGCUUCGGUAUCCACAGCGAGAAACGCUAGGCGUAUUUCCUUUGCUGCUGCUGCUGCUGCUACUGCUACUGCUCCUGCUCCUGCUGCAGCCGCUGUUACUGCGGCAACUACUAUUGCUACUGUUGUUUCCGACAGUGCCCCAACCAUCCCUGCUUCCGCUACCACAGCUCCCACAUCGUUCAUUACGUCCGGUGAACAAAAUCCGGCCACAGCUAAUCCACCAUCUCGCGAAACACUGGCGCAUCAUACCGAGCUGUCCAACGACGACGAUGCAGGCUCUACAGCGAAACCACCGCAGGCGGCUGGCGCUAGUGCCGGGCUGUUUCGAAGGAAAAAAGUGGUUCCCAUCGUGGUGGCUAAAAAGUUGGCCAAGAAACCAUCACCGGCACCUAUCACCUCCACCGCUAAGUCUGAAGGAGAAGAAACCGCUAAACAAACGUCUUCUUUGCGAUCGGAAAGUUCGCAAAGCGAAGCAUUAAAAAAGAUCGAUAUCGAGAGUGCUUCAGCUUCGGCUGCACCAACGCAACCAAAACCGGUCGCAUUUCGUCGCGUAAAGCCAAAAGUUUCGCUCGCCACUGCGGGAAAACCACCGAAUACGGUUACAAAAAAGAUUGACCCCUCGAAAGAUACCGCACCGGAAGUUACUGAUUAUUCACAGCGACACGGAUCAUUACCAAUAAUUGAAGUGGCUCUUAAAAUUAGUGAAGAAGCGAAAGAAGCACCGGAAGAAGGUGCGUUGGCAUCGCUUCAAACACAACAGAAUCCAGUAACGAAUGAGGCAGUAGUUAACCAAGUACAGGUGACUGCGAUUGAUACGCGUCAGGAAGAAACUGUAGAUCCCGUAGUUGCAUCACACGCUAGAAGCGAACCCAUCCAAGAUGGCACUAGAAUAGUAGAAAGUGAGACGGCAACUCCUGCCGAUUUGGCACAGGACGACCCAACUGCAAAUAAUUUAUUGUUAGAUAGUCAAAUAGAUCUAUCAAAAAUAGAGAAUGUCAGCGGGGCGAUCGGAAGUCUGAACGAAACUGCAGUGGCUAUGCACCCAGGCAAAGAGAACAAUUCUCAUCUUCUUGCACUACAUACGACCUGCGGAACCAUCAACCAGCCAGGGCUGCCGUUUGACACAGUUUCAUCGAAUGAUUGCAAUCGGCCACCGGAAGAGACGACCAAAAACAUCUCGCCCGCCAAAAAGCCGGCUAUUGUGGCACAAGACUCACCGAUCGUCGCCAGCAAUACCACCAGUACACCAACUUCCGGUAGUAAAACGAUUAAAAGAACAUUCAGCCUGGGAAAGCUUCUCCCUCCCGAGUUGGCUAACAAACUGAAAAACAGUUUAGUACAGACUUCAGCCACCAAGCGGGUCAUUGGAAAGCCGGCAACGAAACCAGCGGCGAGUAGAACGAAUACGCGUAUCGUUACUGAUAAUAUCAACGAUGCAGUGUUGGAUAAGUCGAGUGCCAAGAAAGCGCUUCCGAUUUUGCAUAAUGAAGUACCCAAUCAAACAGUUCUUCCGUUGGCAGGGUUAUCUGUUGAAACCAGCGGAAGUUCAACGUCUGCCGGCUGCUCUGUUGUAUCGUCCAAUGUGCCUUCUAUGAUAGAAUCAGCAUCAAAAAGAGAUUUAACUGGAUCUGUGGGAUCGUUAGGCAUACCAGUACCAUCAUGUACUUUGGAACAGAAGGUUGUUGCGGAAAGAACGGUCAAAAACGAAACAACCACCAUUAGUAGCCUACCCAGUGCAAGUAAACAAAUUCGAAAGAUCCGUUACCUAACUCCUUCGCAAAAGCAAUUGUUUAUGCAAUGUUUAACCAAAGGAGGUGUCAAGCCAAGUACGAGUAGUGGUAUCGUGCAGAAAAGCAUCGUCGAAUCUGACGUUAUUUCAAAUGCAUCAUCGAACGUAAUCAAUAGCUCUCCGGACCUGCUCUCCACCUGCACUAACAAAUCUGAGGGAUUAGAGGAAUCAAAUAUUAAAAUUAUCCCACCCACUAUUACAACUCCAACGGCAAUUCAAUCUCAAACAACAGUACUCGCCACUUCGGCAAACACAUCUUCGACCCCUUCGAAUGAACAGAAGCUGCGCAUCAUUUCACAAAUCAUUCUGCCUACGAUUAACUUCACUACAACGAAAUUAUCACAACCGACCAGCUCCGAUUCGAGUGGCUGCGGAGCAGCAGGUGGUGUUCCGGGUUCUCCUGAAAUCAGCCCCAGUGCAUUCGCUCCAUUUCCACCACGCUCUCUUCCAUCGCCCACUACUAAUCCUCAAGUUGUCAAUUCGAAUCUGAUUAGGGCUGGUUCUUCGCUGCCUUUUCUUGUGUCACCCGAUUUUCGUUUAAUGCAUAUCCCAUUCUCGACCACAUCAACGCCGCACCAACGCCUGAACGAUGUUGUGCCGAUGGCCAGUGGUAGUGGACGCAAGCUAAUCGUGCCACAUUCUUAUCCUGGAGCGGCAAGUGAAAUGUACCCUAAGAUAUUGGUUCUUCAUCGACCAGGUUUAGCUAAAACGGAAUCGGCACCUAUCAGUAUGCCUCAACCUAGCGUGCCACGAAUUGUGAUCGAUAGAAGCUACAUCGGCGAAACAGAGCAACCGAUGGAAUGUACAUCUUCCUUCAACGUUGAUGAACCGGGUGAUUACGAACAGCAGUCCUUGAAGGGCUGCUCGGAGGCGAUCCGUGAUAUGGUACGAAAGAAAGCUUUGAAGAACUUGCACGACAGAGGCGAGAAGGUACCAGAGGCGUCAGUGAGCAGUGAAGCUCAAAAGGCGGGAUCUCCGAAAAAGCAACUGCAACUACCAGUUCCUCGUUACGGUCGUUGCUAUUCAAACUCCGCAACGAAUAAAUCUCGUAGCACUGCAAACACCGGAACUCCCUACAUUAGCGUGUCGACUGUAGACGGUCGAAAGGAAUAUGUUAAAUUGAAAGACCAUAUUACACUGGAGGCGAAAGCCGCGACUGGAACACCGGAGGUUAAACCAUUCAGCAUUAGCACGGCAGCUCCGGAUAGUAAAAAUUCAGACAACGAAUUCUAUGGAUACUCUGAUAAGAUGAUCGAAUGGGAGAACGCCAAAGUGGAUGCCAAGAUACGUUUCAUCGAUCGUGUGGUAGAGCAGAUGGUGGCAAUUCCGGCGACAGAAGAGCAGAUGACGAGUGAAUCGGAGAGCGAUGAUGAGUCGAUCGAUGAAAUGCUAGAUGCUGGAAGUGAUGCAGGGGAAACAAUCGAUGAAUCUGAGACAGGUCAUAGAUUGAUUGACAUCAGUUCUACGGGGACACGAAUUGCUAUGGAGAAUGCUACAUUAGUGUCUCAGGACAAGAAAUUGACCGACGCAAAUGCUCAAAAUUCAACUGUGAUAGAUAUUCAAAAUGCUCCCAUUAUAAUUCCCUUAGGUGGAGAAAAAACCCUUGUGAUCCCAGCUCCGCCAAGUGAAGCAACCAUUGCUCACCAGACGAAUACUUCAGUUGUUACUGGGACAUGUUUACCUCAGCCGCUACAGCAACCAGAAGAAUUGCACACGAACAAAGUCAUCGUUAAGGAGGCACCUACUAGCUUAGUACCCGGGGCCAACGAUUUGAUCGAGGAUACCGAGCGUGCUGGAUCGGAUACGGAACAGCAGGAGUACACGGCUGUGGAUGCUAUAUUGGAUUUUGAAAAUGCCAGAAAGGAGGGCAAUUUUGAUGAGAGCAGAGGUAGUAGCAGCAGCAAUAACGUCUCGACCAAUACUACACCAGAGAAAAUUCCUCCAAGUAGCGUGUUACCGUACACACCCGAAGCCGAAAUACCCUGUACCAGUCGGAUUAAUGAAGGUAGUAGUAAAAAGGUGCAAAAGCAGUCUAGCAGUAAAAGGCGGCGAGAUGGGUUUGUGGAACUACUGCUGCGACACGUGAACUACGAUUCGUUGAUAGGCGAAUUGGUCGAGAGGGAGAAACAAGUGUACGGGAUUACGAACUUGGGCACGAGUGACGAGAGUGAAGCAGAACAGCUGCAACGCACCCCAUUGGAAAGGUACAUCCGAGAACGCGCAAGAGCUACUUUCUUGGCCAAAGAGAAACCCCAUACUUCCUCCAAUUUGAUCAAAAACGACGAAGAUGUUGAUGCGGAUGAUGAGGUGCAAGACGAUAUGGACGUAGAGCUAGUUAGUGAGAUCCUUAAACCAUUCGUCAGGGAUCCAGAACGCGAAAUGCCCGCUACUUGCAGGCAACUGGUAAAGACAGAGGCAUCACAUGAAACGGUCAUCCAGGGAAUAAGUACAGAGUUGGCACCGGAGGCUAAACCGAACAUUGAUCGAACAUAUGCUUUGAUCCAAAAGGUUGAACAGAACCUCACUGUAGACUCUCGCCUAGAAUCACAACCGGAAGACACAGAGGCUAAGGAAAGUCCACAAUCGAUAUCAAGGAAUCCAAAUGUGCCAACAAAUGAGCAGCCGUCUGUGAUUCUGUGUAGCAUCCCGAAGCCAGACACUGCCAACGAAUUAGAAGUUAUGGUUUCUGAGGAAUUAAUAUCUACUCCGGUAGCUCAACACUCAGAUUCAAUUUUAGAAGAAAUUUCAAAACCUGCUGAACCCGAUUGUGUUCCUGAACCAGAACCCAAACCGUAUGCAAACGAAAUGAUACCUCCUCCGGCUUCUGAUCCAAUUCAGAUAGAAGAUAGUCAACGGAUUGCUGAAUCCAGCAGUGUUGAUCGAGUGGAACCUACACGAUCAUUUUCUGCUGAACCCAGCGAAGAGGUGACUUUACAGCCCCUUGCGUCGAAAAGCACACAUCUGGUGACAGAUUUGAUAGAUGCUCCUGAAGUGGCUAUUCAUCAAACACUAGAAAUCGCCGUACCGGCUUGUGAUUUUUCCAACGAUGAUUUUACUAAUGUAGGCCAAGAUCAGGGUGCCGACCAAUCGCAAGAUUUGGAUUGUUCAUCUAGGCAAUCCAAGAAAACUCCCCCAUCGAGCAUAAUAUCACCGUUUAGCAUAUCCAAAGAGGCCGUGGAUGAGGUUGUAUCCGAUUGCUCUUCUCCGGGAUUCUCUAACUUUGAGGAUACGGUUGUUGAAGAUUUAUCGCAAACCAAAGAUGUGCGCAGUCACUCCGUCCCAGAAAAAUCGGCCGGAGUCGCUGGUAAAAGAAAGCGGCGUCGAAAUGAUUCGGUUACUAAAGAAGCGCUGAUGGACGACGAAAUCCUUAUGCCAGCACGUAAACUAAGGCCUCGCCAACCACCGUCACAUGAGUCCACGCCUAAAAGGGGUAGAUCCACCCGGAAACGCGAAGUUUCCAAUACGCCUAAGGAUGAGUCUAAGAGCAGCAGUAAAAUCAUUGAUGGAGCGGCAGUAAUCGAACCGAAAAAGGAGAAAGGAGAUACUAAGAGCUCGCGAGAAUCUUUGUUGGAAAAAGGGAAAAGAAGGGGAAGAAGCAGAGAGCAGCGGAGAACAGGCAGCCGAAUCCGUAGCAUUAGUAGCAGCAGUAGUUGUGGGAGCAGAAGUAGGAGCAGCAGCAAUGAUCGUAAUUCGAAGAUUGACCACGAUGACCUUAAUGGUUCAUCCGAUAGCGACGAUGGCAACCCGUCAAGGGGGAGUGUCAAGAAUCGCAAAAAAAUUUUGCGUAAAAAGCGUCAAUCAAAAACUCUGGGGAAGUGCGGCAGCAGUCUGCUCGAUGUAGUCCGCAGUGCAGGACUGAAGAUUCAAGUUUCCAUGACGCCCCGUUUAACUAGUCCAGACAAUAAUGUAACUGCUCCUAGCGCUACUACCUCUUCUACUACUUCCACUUCCCACACUUCUAAAACUCUCAAUCCAGAUGAACAGUUUGUGAUCAGCGAAGUGGGGAAUCCAACUGAAGCUCCCGUGAAAGGACAACCGUUGGUGGAACGCGUCUUGGAGAUAGUCAACGUACACACAACGCAUGUAUUACCCGGCGUAACGCCACCAGUUCAAGCUGUGCCGAAGAAGCGGGGAAGGAAAUCAGCUGCUGAGUUACGAGAAUUGAAGGCCAAAGAGGAAGAAGAGAGGAACGCAUCAAUAGCAGAAGGAACAGCAAGCCAAACGGUGACAGUUAACAAAGCAAAUGGCGAGGCGAAAGCAGCAGCAUCUUCAACAGAGGCGGAUCAACGAUCGACCUACGAAUGUGGUCGUUGUAGCAAGACUAUUCCGACAAAAAACUGGGAUGAGCAUUUCAAUCUGCACAACGGGCUAACGUAUCGUGUCGGUGUCGAUGACGAGCUCGCGUUGAAUGAUCUCAGUGUGGCAGCGAUGCUGUUGCAGCGAUUCAUGAAGCAGUUCAAGCGCACAGAGCUGAUCUGUGAGCAGUGCGGCGAUCGAAAGAAGUCCUACAUGGGUAUGGCCUCACACAUUAGCCGCUGUGGAGUACCCCAGGAGCAGUUGGCGGCGAAGAAGAUCAGGUGCGAGCACUGUGAUCGGCUUAUGUUGCCCAUCAGUAUGCCGGUCCAUCUAGCACACCAUUGCCAAGUGUUGAAGACUCAGCAGCGGUUGGAGGACGCUAGGGAACAACAGUCACAGGUGAAGGAAGUGGCACCGUUGAUCGUUGAACAGACUGCUAGCGGCCGACAGAAAAGACAAUCCGUUGCCUGUGCGGAAGAGAAAAUUAAAAAGAUUGUCCAGGAAACGACUAGCACACCGAAGGAACUCCUGAUAAGUAUUAGCCCUGGCAUGAUCAGUCCGGGGACGAGGAAACUAUGGGCGACACAGAUUAAGUUCAAGGGCGCAGCGAAGUGUAUGUACACCAAAUGUACCUUUACCGCUAACACUGAGGAGGAGUUGGAGAGCCACCACAGUAAAUGCUGGGUCGGGGCGGAAUCCAAUGCCGAUACGUUCUUCGAAUGUGCCAUCUGCUGCCAGCAAUCACCGCGACGGGAACGAAUUCGUAAGCACAUCCAACGACAACACCCGAAGGAGCUGGAAGAGGCCGGAGGUAGUGCAAGCGAUAGUGAUGGCUUUGUUGGUCAGACGGAUGGAAGUGAAACCACGGAUGACAGUGGCAGUGGGACCGCAACGGAUGCUGAUGAUUCCUAUUCACAGCGAUCGAAACGGGCAAGGAUAGCUAUUGCAAACCUAAGCAAACGUGGCAAAGGAAGAGCAACACCAGCGUCUAGGAAGGCGGCAACCCCAUUAUCUAAAACAUCGACAGUAAACGACUCAAUGGAUAUCGAUGACAGUCUAUUGGGAGAUAAGGACGAGCUGGAAGUGUACAAAGAAAUGAUACUUGACGAAGCUUACGAGUACAAAUCGCAGAAGGCCGACUUUUCGCAAACCUGCAUCAAGUUGACGCGCCAGUUUCAUCGAGCAAUGUUCGCGGUGCGGUUACUGUUCGAACAUUUGAAACCGCAUACGGAACUCCGCAUCGUGUCGCAGCAGGCUGUCAAAGAGUAUCUGCCCCGUAGUACUCGAUCGAUGCGGUACCGCUUUCGGGAGGUAAAAACGUACGACGAGCGGUACAAUGACAGUCUUAGUGAUGGCUGGGAACGAUUGCAAAUCUUCCAAAGCAAACCGCUCGGUUGCCAGGAAUCGCUGUUCUAUUGUGGUGGUCCGGUAACGGCCAUGGCUUGGCUACCGGUGCCGUGCGAAGAGCAGCCGCGAAACCAGUCACAGUCUCCGCCCGAUCAGAUACUAGCCAUUGCGUGCAAAUCGAGCUACGACGAAUGCUACAACGGUGAGCAACUAGCGGCACGUCCUCAGCGUAAAUGUUUGAUUCAAAUCUGGAACACCGGUCCACUCCUUAACACCCUCCUACUAAAACCUGUGCCAAUGAAAGCCCCGCAGCUCACGUUCGCCAUCGCGUGUGAUUUCGGGCCAAUCUUCCAGCUAGCUUUCUGUCCUAGUGGUUGCUACAACGAUCGCUCGAAUGGAGACAGUAUCGAUCGGUUGGGGUUACUGGCUGCAACCGGUUCGGAUGGUGAUGUGUAUGUGUUUUCACUACCCCGUGCCUUGGUGCAGCCUUCGGAGUCUAGCGCACCACGUAUCUUGAAUCUACAGCCGGUGUUACGGCUGUCGCUUACGCUCACCAUACCCCGCCAGUCACCAACGGUCGAUUACACCGGGCAUGCCACCCUGAAGAUGGUUUGGUCCCGUGCCCGUGGACAUGCUGUCUUUGCUGCUGGAUUUUCGAACGGAGUCGUGGCCGUGUGGAAUCUUCAAUCGCGUUCUUCGCUGUUAAGCGGCGUAAAAGGAGGCACUCCGACCCUGUUACCCACUCACAAAUUCCUGCACUCGUGCAGUGGUGCCAUUACCGCACUCGAUUUGCAUUACGAUGAAGAUUCCCGGUACCUGGUGGUCGGUAAUAGUGAUCGGCGACUAAAGGUGUAUGAUCUACGGUCGGGUCAGCAUCUGCCGCCCGAGGUGAGCUCGUUGUCAAUCCGCAGCCGUUGCUCGGCCGCCCGCUGGAUGACCCACUUUCCCGUGCUGAUGAUGGUGUUCGAUGAUAUCUUUGCGCUCGACCGUUGCGCACUGACCGUGCAUCAGCCGCGCGAAAUCGGAUACCGGUUGUUCCCGGUUCUACCCUUUGCUGCUGAAGCGACCGAUCUGUCCCCGAACGAUUGGCUUGGCAUCAAUGUGGUCAGUACCGAUGGUGGAGAUGUGCUCUCUCACCGGCCCAUGCCCUUCGUUUACCAUGUUCACGAGCGAAAAGUUAUCCAGAUGCUUACAUCGACUACAACAGUUCGUUUGAGCGAAGACGAUGACGAGGUAGACUUGUCAACCUACGAAGCGUACGCCGAGCAUUGUGGCAUGCUGUUCUCGGAUACCGAUCGAGUCCGGGACCGAUCGGAUACCAAAAGCCUGCAGGUGAAGGUGUUACGGCGGGCCGCCGUCGACAAGUACUCCGUCACGCGCACAACACAGGUCUCCUUCAACCCAAACAGUUCCUCGUUCUACUACUACGCGAUCGGCUACCAAGCAGGUUUCGUUCGUAUCCGUGGGAUGCGCGUUUGAUCGGGGACACACUAACGCACCUCGAUAUAAGUCCACGUUUUAUCAUUCCACCGUUACCAGUCACCCCCACCACGGUGUGCCUGUGUGUGCGUGUGGUGCUGCAAAUGCAAUGAAAAGAAAUAAAGUGUCCUCUGGUUCCUUUUGA